CACACUAUCGGCUCACUUUUUUUUUUCUGUGCGCGCUUUGGAGAGAGAAACAAUGGCGUUCAACCCAUUAAACCGGAUCAUCCAGGUUCUCCGAGGCCGUUGGUUCACAGUCUUUGCAUCUUUCCUCAUCAAUGCGACCUCCGGCUCCCUUUACGUCUUCGCCAUCUACUCCAAGGACAUCAAGUCCUCCCUCGGCUACGACCAGCGGCAGCUCAACACCGUCUCCUUCUUCAAGGACCUCGGCGCCAGCGUCGGCAUCCUCGCCGGUCUCAUCUAUGAGGUCGCCCCUCCUUGGUUUGUUCUCGCCCUCGGCUCCGUCAUGAACCUCUUCGGCUACCUCAUGAUCUACCUCGCCAUCACCGGCCGCCUCGCUCACCCCUCUCUCUGGCAGGUAUGCCUCUAUAUUUGCAUCGGUGCCAAUUCCCAAACCUUCAGCAACACCGGCGUGGUCGUCACCUGCCUCAAGAACUUCCCGGGGAGCCGCGGCACCGUGCUCGGCCUCCUCAAGGGCUUUGCCGGCCUUAGCGGAGCCAUCUUUGCGCAGCUCUACCUCGCUUUCUAUGGUGAUGACUCCAAAUCCAUGGUGCUGCUCAUCGCAUGGCUCCCGACCGCCGUUACCAUUAUGUUCCUCUUCACCAUCCGGAUCCUGAAGGUGGUGCAGCAGCCAGGUGACCCAACCAAGCCCUUCUACUAUUUCCUCUGCUUCUCCGUCGCCCUCGCCGUCUACCUCAUGGUCAUGAUCAUCGUCCAGAAACAAGUCAUCUUCACCCUUGCCGCGCAUCGCAUCAGCGCUGCCAUCGAAGUGCUCCUCCUUGUACUGCCUAUUGCCAUCGUCAUCAAAGAAGAGCUCAAAAUCCACAAAUCAAAGGAGCAAUUGCUCCAAAAUUCUCCAUCACUUACAGAAGCUCUAUCGACGCCCCAACCACCACUGCUGCCCGCAGCUCCAUCCAUCGUACCGACAACAACCUCUUCUAUGCUAUCUUAUAUCACUAACAUCUUCAGGACUCCUCGGAAGGGUGAGGACCACUCCAUUCUACAAGCCUUAGUAAGUAUAGACAUGAUGGUACUCUUCAUUGGGAUGAUUUGUGGCAUUGGUGGCACUCUAACAGCCAUUGAUAACAUGGGUCAGAUUGGGGAGUCAUUAGGCUACUCAUCCCAGACCAUCGGCACCUUUGUCUCCCUCAUCAGCAUAUGGAACUUUGGGGGGAGGGUGGCCGCCGGUUUUGCUUCCGAUAUCCUUCUGGAACAGUAUAAGUUACCCCGCCCUUUAAUGCUCACUAUAGUCCUGCUCCUCUCGUGUGCCGGCCACCUCCUCAUCGCCUUCGGUGUCCCCAGCGCCCUGUACAUUGCUUCGGUGAUCAUCGGCUCGUGCUUCGGAGCAGAGAUGCCAUUGUUCUUUGCUAUCUUAUCGGAGGUGUUCGGUCUCAAGUACUACUCCACUCUGUACAAUAUUUUACCCAUGGCUAGCUCAAUCGGGACAUAUGUACUAAAUGUGAGGGUCGCCGGGUACCUCUAUGACAGAGAGGCGGCCAAGCAGAAUUUGCAGCUCUUGCAGUCUUCCCAGAAGUCACUAACAUGCAUGGGGGUGCGGUGCUAUAAGCUCACCUUCCUCAUUAUCACAGCGGCGACGGUGUUUGGGGCUCUUGUCCUGCUGGUUUUGGUCUGGAGAACCUGGGACUUAUACAGAAGGGAUAUAUAUGCGAGGUUCAGUGGGGGGUCACAAGGUAGCAGGCAGGGAGAGGAGAGGGAGGAGCUGACACCUAACGACUUCAGGGGAGGGUAAUGGUUCUUUUUUUUUUUUUUUUUUGUUCCGGAAGAAGGGUAAUGGGAAUGAAAAAGAAGGGGUGCAGAUUUUUUUUUGAGUGAAAAAGUUAUUCGUGGCUACAUAGGUGAUAUGGAAUCUCACUGCGAACCCUUCGUUUUAAGAGAUUCUAUAUUAUAUAAGUUGAAAAUUAAGUAUAUAAACCAAGACUGAAUUGUUUGUCUCGGUUGGAUUACUUGCAGUAGAUUUAAGCAUUUUGAUGUCCAAAUCUGACCUACGGACACACCGUGACCCAUCAUCUGUAUCUCCCACACCUUCGUUUCUUCCGUGGAUCCAUGUCACAGUUUGCAUUCAGGCUCUCUCAUUUCUCGUCAAGAAUUUAUCAGUGAACCCUCCUCUUGUUACCCUCCCACAGACUCCUCCUGAUCCCAGGGACUAGAUGAUGCAAACUUCGGGGAAGCUGGGACGAAGGGUCGGAGAGGCAGUCGAUGAGGCUAAGAUGGCCAUGCUCUCCAGCGAGGAAGCAUCGAGAUUGGGGAGGAGGGGAAGGAAGACGAAGAAAUUUCCCCUUUUUUCCCCUGUUCCGUUUACUCUGCAUGGAGACAGAGAUUUUCAAACGUGGCAGGCAGCCUGUAAUUUUCUAAACUUCGUGGGUUGCAAGCCAAGAAGUCCAACAAAUCUGCACCCAGAAAAGAAGACUUGCAACAUAAGAAGGAGGGGGGACAGAGCAACCAGGGUUCAAAUCCUGGGUGUUGCUCCAAAACAAAUUUAUGAACGGAGAAGAUGCGGAGCAACUAUUUUUUAUUUUUUAUUUUUUCUUUCCUCGUUUUGAAAGAUUAUAUUUAGAGAUACCAGUUUUGGGACGGCCGCUGGUGGUUUCGGA